AUGCAUAUGCGCUUCUACCUUGGUGUGCUUGAUCCAUUCCGUCAUAUUCGAGCCAAGAAGAUGCUUCUCGAUGUCCAAUUCCAGGCUCAAAUCUUCAAAUGGACCAUUAUCGGGGAAUUCUUGGAGCACAAGAUCAGGCAUUGGCUGCGAGGAGAGCAGGAAAUUGAUCGGAUCCAUAUAAUCACAGCCCCCGUCACCCACGCCGAGCACAACCUUAGCACCUGUAAGUCGAAU